AUGUCAUACAGACCAGACUCUCCACCAUGUCAUACAGAUCAGUCUCUCCACCAUGUCAUAAAGGCCCGCCUCUCUACCAUGUCAUACAGACCAGUCUCUCCACCAUGUCAUACAGACAAGUCUCUCCACCAUGUCAUACAGACCCGCCCCUCUACCAUGUCAUACAGACCAGACUCUCCACCAUGUCAUACAGAUCAGUCUCUCCACCAUGUCAUAAAGGCCCGCCUCUCUACCAUGUCAUACAUACCAGCCUCUCUACCAUGUCAUACAUACCAGCCUCUCUACCAUGUCAUACAUACCAGCCUUUCCAUCAUACCAUACAGACCUGCCUCUCUAUCAUGGCAUACAGACCAGUCUCUCCACCAUGUCAUACAGACCCGCCUCUCUACCAUGUCAUACAGACCAGACUCUCCUCCAUGUCAUACUGAUCAGUCUUUCUACCAUGCCAUAAAGACCCGCCUCUCUACCAUGUCAUACAUACCAGCCUCUCUACCAUGUCAUACAGACCAGCCUCUCUGCCAUGUCAUACAGACCAGUCUCUCUAUCAUGGCAUACAGACCAGUCUCUCCACCAUGUCAUACAGACCCGCCUCUCUACCAUGUCAUACAGAUCAGUCUCUCCACCAUGUCAUACAGACCAGUCUCUCCACCAUGUCAUAAAGACCAGUCUCUCCACCAUGCCAUACAGAUCAGCCUCUCUACCAUGCCAUACAGACCAGCCUCUCCACCAUGUCAUACAGACCCGCCUCUCUACCAUGUCAUACAGACCAGUCCCUCCGCCAUGUCAUACUGA